AUGGUCUCCUGUCCCAUCUGCGGGAAUUCCGUCCCCUCCCUGAAAAUCAACGAUCACAUCGAUUCCAACUGUCACGACUUCAUUGAAGAACCAACCUCCAGCACGGGCGACUCGUCCUCCUCCCAGAAGGCCCCCGUUCCCAGCUUCUUCCAACCGACGUCGGCUCGCAAGGCAGCCGCCCAACCGACGGUGCGAAAGGACACACUGCCUGAUUCCUCGCCCUCACAGAACAUCACACGCAAAAGGGCGGCUUUCUCCGAUUCCAAUGCCGCGGAAGUGAAUCGCAAAUCCCAGAACAACGAAACACAGGCCGAGCCGCCGGCCAAGAAAUCACGGCCAAAUGCCUUCCAAAAAGCUGCCCCGUUGGCAGAGCGCAUGCGCCCUCGAACGUUGGACGAAGUAUGCGGACAAGAUCUGGUCGGUCCAAAUGGCGUUUUGCGGGGACUGAUCGAGCAGGACCGGGUACCCAGUAUGGUGCUUUGGGGUGGGCCGGGUACCGGAAAGACAACCAUUGCGCGGGUGAUCGCCUCGAUGGUAGGAAGUCGAUUCGUGGAAAUCAACAGCACUAGCACUGGGGUGGCCGAGUGCAAGAAGAUCUUCGCUGAAGCGAAAAGCGAACUGGGACUGACGGGCCGGAAAACAAUCAUUUUCUGCGACGAGAUCCAUCGUUUUUCCAAGUCCCAGCAGGAUGUGUUUCUGGGACCGGUAGAAAGCGGACAGGUCACGCUCAUCGGGGCUACCACGGAGAACCCGUCGUUCAAAGUUCAGAGUGCUUUGCUGUCCCGAUGUCGAACGUUUACCUUGGCGAAGCUCACCGACGAGGAUGUCAAAUCCAUUCUCAACCGCGCCUUGCAGGUCGAGGGGCCCAACUAUUCGCCUUCUGCUCUGGUAGACGACGAACUGAUCACGUACCUGGCCAAAUUCUCGGACGGCGAUGCGCGGACGUCCCUGAACCUUUUGGAACUGGCGAUGGACCUGUCGAAGCGUCCGGAUAUAACCAAAGAGGAGCUGAAACGUUCUCUCACAAAGACCCUCGUGUAUGAUCGCGCCGGGGACCAACAUUAUGACACCAUUUCUGCCUUUCACAAGUCCUUACGAGGGAGCGAUCCGGAUGCGGCGUUAUAUUACCUGGCACGUAUGAUUCAAUCGGGGGAAGAUCCGCUGUAUAUCGCUCGACGCCUGAUUGUGGUCGCCUCUGAGGAUAUCGGGCUAGCGGAUAAUAGCAUGCUGACGCUCGCUAUAUCCACCCAUUCCGCUGUCGAGAAGAUUGGACUUCCCGAAGCGCGGAUCAAUCUUGCACACGCGACGGUCGCCAUGGCAUUAGCCAAGAAGAGUACGCGCUCGUAUCGAGGUCUCAACAAUGCGUUCGCUGCCCUGCAGGAACCGGGCGUCGCCGGGUUGCCCAUACCGAUUCAUCUUCGGAACGCUCCCACUCGACUGAUGAAAGAGCUCGGAUACGGAAAGGAAUACAAGUACAAUCCUAAUUAUGUGGACGGGGAGGUGGCUCAAGAGUAUCUACCGGAACAACUACGAGGUCGCAAGUUCUUGGAGGACCACGAUCUGGGAACUCAAGUCGAUCCAGAUUUGGAACGGUAG